AUGUCAUCCACGCCGAUCCCUACUGCGAGCGAGGGCAAAGGCUCCCCCACCAUCGCGGGGAACCCGGCCAAACGCCUGAACAGCCUCUCCGAUGAGGAGAAAAAGGAGAUUUACUCGCUCACGAACGAUCAGCUCCAAACGCGGUCGCGGCAACUCCAGCAGGAGAUUCAGAAGCUGCGCGGGGUGGAGCGGCGGACGAUACAGGAACUUCAAAGCCUCAAGGCCGAGCUCGAGGAAGGAAAAAAGCGCGUGCGGGAUAACAACCGCCUCCCUUACUUGGUGGCGAACAUCGCGGAAAUUCUCGAUCUCAGCGACGACGACGACGGGGAUGGGCAGGAGCUCGACGUCGGGCGGCGAAAACACGCGCGUCGGCAGAAAAGUGCGGUGAUUAAAACAUCCAACCGCCAUACCGUCUUCCUGCCGGUGGUGGGGCUGGUGGAUCCGGCGAAACUCGUCCCGCAGGAUCUCGUUGGGGUGAACAAGGACACCUUUCUCGUUCUGGAUACGCUGCCGCCGGAGUACGACAGCCGUGUGAAGGCAAUGGAGAUUGAGGAACGGCCGAAAGAGAAGUACACCGACGUGGGGGGCUUGGACAAGCAGAUUAACGAGAUCAUCGAGGCCGUCGUGAUGCCUUUUACCCACAAGGAGCAGUUCGAGAAGAUCGGCAUCCAGCCGCCGAAAGGGGUGUUGUUGUACGGAUCGCCGGGGACGGGCAAGACGAUGCUCGCGCGGGCCUGCGCGGCGGCCACGGACGCCUGCUUUUUACGCCUCGCCGGGCCGCAGCUCGUGCAGAUGUACAUCGGCGAUGGCUCCCGCAUCGUCCGCGACGCCUUCGCGAUGGCGAAGAAGAAGGCCCCGGCGAUCAUCUUCAUCGACGAGAUCGACGCCGUCGGCUCCAAGCGAAGCGAUGAGGGCAAACACGGCAGCCGCGAGGUCCAGCGCACGAUGCUCGAGCUCCUCUCCCAGCUCGACGGCUUCGGCAGCAGCGAUAACGUCAAGGUCAUCGCGGCGACGAAUCGCAUCGACGUCCUCGACCCCGCCCUCCUGCGAAGUGGGCGGUUGGACCGCAAGGUGGAGUUCCCCCUCCCCGACGAGGAGGCCCGGAUGCGGAUUCUCGAAAUCCACUCCAGGCGGAUGACCCUCCACAACGAUGUCAACUUCGACGAGCUCUCGCGCUGUACAGAUGACAUGAACGGCGCGCAGCUCAAGGCGGUCUGUGUGGAGGCCGGCAUGCUCGCCCUCUGCCAUGACCGCGUGUACGUCGCGCACCAGGACUUUGUGGAAGGUAUCGCCGCCGUCCAGGCCCGCAAGAAGACAAACUUGAACUAUUAUGCCUAG